UGCUCCAUUGCAGCCUGGAGUGAUGCUGACUUUUGCUCCUGUCCUUGCAGUCUGAGCGACGAGAGGCAAACAUGGCCCAAGCACCCACUGAUCCGAGUAGUGGGGAAACUGCUGACCCAGAGGAGAGUUCUCCAAACAUGAUAGUCUACAGAAAGAUUGAAGACAUUGUUACGAGAAUGCAAGAUGACAAAACAGGCGGAGUUCCCAUCCGCACUGUCAAGAGCUUUCUGUCCAAAAUCCCCAGCGUGGUCACCGGUUCUGAUAUUGUGCAGUGGCUUAUGAAGAACCUCAGCAUUGAGGAUGCAGGGGAAGCAAUACACUUGGGAAGUCUUAUUGCUGCACAGGGUUACAUCUUUCCCAUCUCAGACCAUGUCCUUACCCUCAAGGAUGACGGGACAUUCUAUCGUUUUCAGGCACCAUACUUUUGGCCUUCAAACUGCUGGGAACCAGAAAACACAGAUUACGCCAUCUAUCUUUGCAAACGGACCAUGCAGAACAAAGCUAGGCUGGAGCUGGCGGAUUAUGAAGCCGAAAACUUAGCAAGACUUCAGAGAGCAUUUGCAAGGAAGUGGGAAUUCAUCUUCAUGCAAGCAGAGGCCCAAGUGAAAAUCGACAGGAAAAAGGAUAAAACAGAAAGAAAGAUUUUGGACAGCCAGGAAAGAGCAUUCUGGGAUGUGCACAGGCCUGUGCCAGGCUGUGUGAACACCACAGAAAUGGACAUUAGAAAAUGUCGCCGUAUGAAAAACCCACAAAAAGUGAAAAAGUCAGUGUACGGGGUCACAGAGGAGUCUCAGCCCCAAAGCCCCGUACACCUGCCCUCCCAACCGGUGCGCAAAACAACAAAAGAGGAUUUCCGGAAGCAGAUAACUUUUCUGAACAUGCAGAUAGAGAGACAUUGUUUAAAGAUGUCCAAAGUAGCAGAAAGUUUAAUAGCCUACACAGAGCAGUAUGUGGAAUAUGACCCCUUCAUAACUCCUGCUGAGCCUUCCAAUCCCUGGAUAAGUGAUGAUGCAGCACUGUGGGACAUUGAAAUGAGCAAAGAACCUAGUCAGCAGCGUGUGAAAAGAUGGGGUUUUUCCAUGGAUGAGGUGCUGAAGGACCCAGUAGGACGAGACCAGUUCCUUCGUUUCCUGGAAUCAGAAUUCAGCUCAGAAAACCUCAGGUUUUGGUUGGCAGUCCAAGAUCUCAAGAAACGACCUUUACAGGAUGUGACCACGAGAGUGGAAGAAAUCUGGCAAGAGUUUCUAGCUCCUGGGGCCCAAAGUGCUAUUAACCUGGAUUCCCACAGCUAUGAGAAAACAAGCCAAAAUGUCAAAGACCCAGGGAGAUAUACAUAUGAAGAUGCACAGGAGCACAUUUACAAGCUGAUGAAGAGUGACAGCUACGCACGCUUUCUGCGUUCGAACGCUUACCAGGACUUACUGCUGGCAAAGAAGAAGCCAGAGAAUGAGCAAGGUCGUAGAACUUCUCUAGAAAAGUUCACUCGCAGCAUGAGCAGGAGAAGCAGGGAGAAGGAGCAGGACCAGAGGCAGAUACUGCAAGUGGAUUGGAGUAGCAAGGACACUGGGCAGGACAGGUUGUGUUUUGAGCUGCAUCAAAAGCACCGUGACCAACAGGUUGUGAAAGGGGAUUCUGCCCAUCUACUCUGCUCUUGUGAGACCCUCACCUGGAGCAUUGCGUCCAGCUCUGGAGUCCCCAGGACAGGAAAGAUAUCAACUGAAUCCAGAGGAGGACCACAAAGUUGAUUAGAGGAAUAGCGUACCUCUUCUGCAAGGAAAGGUUGAGAAGAUUUGGUUUGUUCAGUCUGAAAAGUGAAGACUUGGGGGUUAUUUAGCUGUGGCCAUCCAGUACUUCAAAGGAACCUACAAGAAAGACGAGAGGUACUUUUUACAAGAGCACAUUAUGACUGGACAAGGGCGAAUGAAUUCAAACUAAAACAGAGUAGGUUUAGAUUGAUGUUAGGAAAAUAUCUUUACUGUGAGGAUGGCAAGGCACUGGAACAGGCUGCCCAGAGAAUCUGCAGAUGUUCCAUCCCAGGAGGUGUUCAAGGACAGCUCUGAGCAAACUAGCCUAAUAAACGGUAUCCCUGCCUGUGACAAGGAGGCUGGAACUACAUGAUCUUUAAGGUUCCCACCCAAAACAUUCUUUGAGUCUAUGACAUUCUUGCAUCUGUGUGUGUAUACAUAUAUGUAUGUAUAUUUAUUUGUACACUGCGCACACACACAGAGCAUAUAAAUAUAGCACCUUUGUAAAUCCUGAGAGAAACAGGAAGCUGUGCAGGUAAGUGUGAGCUGCUGUACAGCAAAUAAGCUGAGAGCAGUUCUUCCUGACACUGCUGUGCUACUGCACAAGCAAACCCAAAUGUAAGAUACAAGGCUUUGUAAUACAUCCACUGGCAGACUUCCUGGGGAAUGUAUUUAUAUAGCUAAUGCAUAUGCACACAUUUAAAAUAUGUUGAUACAAAAUAUAUCACUAUGCCCAUCUGCAUAUUUACUACUUUCUAAGAGUCUGCCAGGGAGAGGAGCAGGAUAGAUUUUUUAAUUUUUUUUUUUUAAACAAACUAUGCAGAAAUAUUUACAUCGAGUGGUAAAUUCUACUCCCAGAUUUGCCAAGUACGUGGAAGAGUAACUCUCACUUUACUAGACUGGCUGGGUUUAUAGUUGCACAGCCAAGGAUGGAUUUUUCUCUUGCAUUUGAUUUGAAGGGUAACUUGACAAGCUAAGUUUGGGAUGCUAUGAUUAGAAUGUAAGUAGCUGUAAAGAAAAUUGUAGUAGAUUGGUCGGCACUUGAGUUCAUUUUUGUCUUACUGGCUAGCAUGCUGUAAAUAUUUUUUUUUUAUUUCUCUUAAUACAGAUAUAAAAUCUGAUCUUCUGAUGGCAUGGUAGUUACCAGAUCUAGGAAGAGUCUGAAUUUUUUAUACUUUGCAUUAUGGCAGUUUGGCAUUGCCAUUGCCAGAUGAGAAAAUAGUCACUAUAUUGAGAUGUCAUAAUGUCCUCAGAGGACAGUAUUACCAGUGAGAACUUUAUGGCAUAUUCAGGGGACUGAAUUAAGAUGAAGUUAAUUCUGGAUGCUCUAGCUCUCCAAUAUGCACUGCAGCUCCCUGACUGUGUAGGAGUGGAGUAGUUCAGCAGUCCAUACUUCCAGAGCUCCACUGUGCUUUGUGAUUGCUCAUUACAGGAUCACAUAUUCAAGCUGGCCCUGCACAGGCAUGAUGAAGUUAAGAGUAUGCUUAAGGUUUGGCUGGAACAGACCCCCAGUUUGUCUCUCUUCAAGGGAGGAGCACUGAGCCUAUUUUGCAAGCAGAUUAAUAUGAAGUCACAUUUCCAGUGAUGGCUGUAAGAGAAAUCUUAAAACCAGUAAGGGCUAAAAGUUUAUUUGCCUUAAGAAGCCAUAAUUGAAGUGAAAUCUUCUCCCAGAUUGCCUGAACUAUUGAUUGCCUGUGGAUCUGGGCCACCUCCAGACUGUGCUUCUCUGGCACUGGGAGGGCCAGUAGACCCCAGGGAAAAUUUUCAGAUUUGGCUGUAGCAUGUGACCCAGGAUUUUAGGAAAUCACAGAAUCACAGAAUAGUUACAGUUGGAAGGGACCUCUGGAGAUCACCUAGUCCAAUUCUCCUGGCAAGGCAGGGUCACCUAGAGCAAGUUACACAGAAAUGUGUCCAGGUGGAUUUGGACUGUCUCCAAAGGGAGACUCCAUGGCCUCCUUGGGCAGCCUGUUCCAGUGCUCUGAUACACUCAAUGUAAAGAAGUUUAUGGGACAUAAGUCUGCCAAGCCAAUCUCUAACCCAGCCCUCUAUGUCCAAGGAGAAGUCUCCCUUUCUCCACCCUUCCUCUCUUACUUCCAAAGUCUGGGAUUCCCAACUUCAGCACUAAAAACUGAGACAUUCAGUAACUAGGCCUUCUCUGUGUCUUCUGUCACCAGGACAUGCAUCUGAUUCAGCAGCAGCUCUACAUUUUCCCAGAUUUUCCUUUUGCUGCUGUGUACUUUAGGAAACCCUUCCUAUUGUCCUUCAUAUCCCUUGCUAGACUUAAUUCCCAAUAGGCUUUGGCCUUCUUUGUCACAUCCCCACAUGCUCUUACUGUUCCUUCAGUCCUCCCACACAGACAGUUCCUUUUUCCACAUCCCAGAAUCUGUUUUAGAUUUAUUAGAAGCUCCCUGCUCAUCCAAAAGGGUCUCCUGCCCCCUUUGCUUGUUUUCUUGCUCAUGGCGAUACCCUGGUCUUGAGCUUAGAAAAAGUGAUGCUUGAAUAUUGACUAGCUCCCUUGGACCCCCUUUCUUCUAGAGCCCUUCCUUUUAAGUCAUUGUACUCAAAUCUGGGGAACUUCGGGGAACACUGCAGGUGGCAUGGAGCCAGAGCAGGAGCAUGGAGGAAGAGGUUCAUGAUCCUUUCCUUGCUGAAAAUACUGUACUUACAGUGUUCCUUGUCAUAUCAGAGAAAGCUGACUUGUAGCCAGAAGACCAAACAUGUCCAGCAUCUUAGACAGGGAGUCUUCACCUGAGUGAAAAAAAUCAGACUUUCUAAGCUUGCCUUUUCUGGUUUCUUGGGUCUCACCAUCUCUUGAUUGACAAAGACAGGAAGAAAUGCAACAUUUCAGAAAGAGAAACAAAAGAUAAACAGUAAAGUUUUGUGUUGACAAACUGCAAAGAGUAUUGCAGGCUUUUUGUCUCACUUGAGUUAAGCCCAACCCGUGAAAAAUCUUACUGUGCUCCUAAACUGGUCUCCUACACUGGGUGGAAAGCUGUACACCUGGUUUUGGGAGCACAGACUUGGAGCAAGUGGAAGUUGUUUUACACACAGGGCUCCUGCUUAUUUCAGUCAUAACUCAGGAGUCAGGGAUUAGCUCCAGACCAUCUGACAUACUUUGGCAAGACACCAUGAAGUUCUGCUAGGCAACCAGAGGCUUUCCACCUUCACAUGAAUCAAUGGGGAAUAAGAAAGAACAGGGCUUUACAUGAUUUUUUAAAUACCAGUCUUCAACUCCUUCAAGACCCACUGUCUUGUCUUCCUUGGCUCGAUACUUUUGACCAAGAGAAGGGCAUCUCAUGACUAAUGAAUGCACUGAGUUUUUGCACCAAAUCUUUCUGAAAGCCACAUGCUAUCUGGUCCAUAUUAAGCAUGACACUAGGAGCAAGAUUUUGACAGGGCAAUUUUCACUGUGGUGAUGGUUCACCUUUUACUUCCAGGUCCUUACAAAGUAUCAGCUGACACCUUAGUGCAGUAGCCAAGAGGGGGUUGUGCCCACUGUGGUCAGAUCCUUCUGUAUCAAAGGGCAUAGUUUGCAGUGCCUGUCUGGAUUCCCCUUGGAGCGAGGGAACAUCCGUCUGAUCCAGCCCCCAACUAGCCAGGCACCCUCAGCCUCUUCAACUUACCUGACAGAAGUCUGAAGCUGCGAUGUCCAUGUGUUUCAUGGUUUCAUGGCAGCUUUGUGGUCCCUGGACCAAACAUGGUCAUCAGUCAUCUGGUGAGCAUCAAAGGUGGUGGAGUAUGCAUGGUGGAGCAGCAGAACCAUGCUCACUACGGGGCACAUGCUGCCCAGCAUGCUGGAGCAGAGGGGUGGCAGAUGUCAUUUCUCCUCUCUUCACAUUUUGAAAAGCCCUCCAAAAUACAUAGGCAGCACAGUGGUAGCAUAAACAUGACAGUGACUGGCCCAUUUGGCCCUAUGUCAGGCUCCCAUGCUCUGGGAAUCACAGAUAUAAAGCUAGGCUGGCUCUUCACGCUCUCCAGGGUGCCCUAGGGAAUGGUCGAUAUCCUGGAGCUGCAGAGCUGACAGUCUAUUGCUUGGGAGCACUUACAAAUCCAUCUCGUUUCAAAAAGGAUGGCAUUGCACAUGGUGGCAGGUUUAUCUUAUUACAAUUUUCCUUUUGAAUACAACAAGGAUUGACAUUAUGAAAGCAGAGUUAGCAUGUCUUCUCUCCCAAGUGAAGAUAAAUGGCAUCAUAAAAAUCAGACACCAUGUAUCACAUAUGUUAUAAAUAAUAUCUAGUAUUGAGGUAAUAACUUAAUUUUAAAGACACACAUACACACAAAUCCAUAUAUCUACAUCUCUCUCUUCUGUCAUAUUUCAUCAUCUCACUAAUUAAAAGGAGCCUGCUAUACUAUUUUUAGCCCUGCAGCCUCAGCCUAGCUGCUUAAACCACUGUAGUUUCCCAUCUGCUUUAGAAAUUAUUUAAUAAUCAGAUAGACAGAAGCUUAGUUCUCAUAAGCUGAGAUGAUCCUUCAGGGCCAAGUGUAGAAGGAAAAUAUAUUUUAAUGAGUACAUUUAGGGGAACUACUGCUGCUUUUUGUCUCACAAAGGAAGCCACCAAGUCUCUGCCUAACUUGUGCUGGUAGCCAUUUGCAUUUAAUAAAGGAGGAAAUAGGAGGGGGGUCCUUUGUUGCAUCUUGAGCAUUAUCUCUGAAAGCAGCAAUGGGUGCUUCAGCAAUAACAGGGAUUAAACCUAUGGAUAACAGCCUCAGCAGGUAACUUGGAUAAGCCUGGGCCAUCAUACCCAAACUUGAAUCCUAAAAUGGCUAUAUUCCAGGGAAGGAAUUUUCCCUGGAAUAAAACAGGUGUUAAAAUUUCUGACUCAGUGUCCAGGUGGUGACUCGGUGCCGAGACCUCUGGAUUUUAUUCCCAACUGAUAUUUCUUUAAGAAAAAAGGCACACCCACAUGAACAACUUUUUAGAGGAUAAGAGUUCUCAGUCUUUGUGCUUUAAAGGACAAGAGAGUGAUCAUAGCAAUGAUCUAUUCUUUAGGCAGAAUUUUUGCAAAUUCUGUCUGAGCUGACGGAUGUGGGACACUGUUAGGCGUUACGUUUCUGGACUGGAAAAGGUCUUUACCUGAAGAAGGCAAAGCAUCUCUUGUGUAAAUUCAAUGCAGUGUUGAAAGAAAAUAAGGUGAAGGAUGAGAUGGUCUGUGUUCGAGCUGUGUGGGAAGUAGGCUGUAGAUUAAGGAUGUAAGAAUAAGGGUUUUCAAAUGACUCUUCUUCAAAGAAUCCUGGACAUUUUGGAUGGAACAUUUUGUACAGCACAUCAAUGAAGAUUGAAGAUUGUCUCAGUUCCCAGGCACAGGUUAACAACUGGGCCAGUCUGCCAUCGACAGACUGGCCCAGCUUCAUUAACCAUAGCAUAGGAAGAAGAAGAGGCUGGGAAGCAGGACCUGCUGUCAUCCUUGUGUUAGCAGCAACCAGUCUAGUGGUUUUGUAUUUUCACCCAGAAGCAUUGUAGGCAAAGUCCCAUGUGACAUCCUUAAUGGCUGUGGAGCUAGGGCUCCACCUGGGUUUCUCAAGCAAGGAUAACUUUUCCAGAAACAAGAAUGACUGGUGAUCUUGUAUUCAAUGUAUUUAUCAUGCUCAGUGCCCAAGAUGCUUUUUGUCUGGAGCCUAAAAUGCCCUCCUCCUUCUUGCAGUGAUGCAAACUGACAUUAGCAUAGAAGCAUUUCCUUUGCUUUAGUUUUCUGGUAUCUUUUGGUAAUUUUAUAUCGAACAAUUCUUGUUUCAGAAUGUAAAUGCAUCCUAUUUCAGUGCCCAGAGAAAUCCACAGUUGCAUAUUUAAUUCCAGUUCCAUAUGUAUCUGCUCUCUUGCAUUAUAUAGCUGUGAAAGUUUUAGUUUCUACCCUGAUUGCCUGGCUAUUCAUUCCUUAAUGUUCUCAGCUGUCUCCCAGCUCCAUGUUGUCACUUUUGUUUUUCCCUGCUGCUGCUUCUCCAUCUUCCUGACCCUGAGCUUCAUCCCUUGGCCACUGCUACUCAUGCUCUUUUUUAUGUCUUCUUGGUUUACAUACUGUUGGAUCAGAGUCCAAGUCAAACUCAGUCCUAUUCUUAAUUCAUGAGUGUGGUGUCACACAUGUGAAAUGUGUUGAUGGAAUCUUAUCUUUCUCAGGUGAACUGUGUGAUGUUUUGCACAGCUGUGUCACUGUGAUGUAUUAUAAAUAGUAACCAUGAAAGCAGUGAAGAAGGUGUAAGGCUGGAGAAAGAAUUGCUGCCCAGUGUCAUCUUUUUAACUAGUUCCUUGAUAAUCUCAUAAAGCUGUAAUAUAUUUACCACUUCUCCCACUUUUUCACUUUUUCCAGCCCUACCAGCUUGCAUAAAUAGACCACACCAUUUGAGAAUAUCGAAAGUAUUCACAACCUCCAAUAAAGACAAAGGUUUAAGCCAUCACUGGUAGAGAAUAGUGGUUGAAAAGUGGAAAGUAUGAAAAAUGAUACACUGAGAUGCUGGUGAAGUGGCUAUCAGAAUAGACAGCAAGAAGGGAAGGGAUACAGGAGUGGAUUCCAAAGUGUUUUAGAUUUGUCUUCAAGAAAAGAUAUCUGGGAAAAGGGUUAUUUUAUCUUUGGAAGGUAUUUUACUUUAAAAGAAAAUGUGCUCACUUGACUACUCCAAUCAUUACGCUGGCUUGUGCUGAGAAAAGGAAUUUGCAUUACUGAGGUGGUGGGAAGCAUCAGAAUGUACCCAAAGCACAAAGAGGCUGCAGCCCGUGUUUGCAGCCUGUCCUGUGAUUGUUCCCUUGGUGUGAGAGCCAGCCAGAGUGCACAGCUGAGGCCGCAGAGGGCUGCAUGCAUGGCCUGCAUGGCACAUGCACUGACUCGCCGCUGCAGGCAGGGAUGUACCACACCUGCUCUGGGUAUUGUCAUGGUACCUUACCUGGUUUGGCUGGGGGUAAGUUGCGUGUGUCACCUGUACACUGCACAGUCUGCUCUAGAUACAGGGGCUCCUUUAAGGGGUAAGUAUUCCUUGUUUCUAGUUGAUGAUUUUUCCUUCACUUCCUAAAAGCACUGCUGUCUAGUGCUGCUGGCACAGGAUGGCAGCUUCCUUUUGCCCUUGCAAGGGCAAAGUGGGUGAGUGAUCUUUGUGCAUACCAUUUGUGAAAGUGCUUGGGGACCCUUCUGGAUGAAAGGCACUAUACAGAGUUCAAACACUCCCACUAGUAAUUUGCUGUAUUUUAUUUGAGCCACACACAAACCCUGGAAGACAAAAGCUGGUACCUUCUCUCUACAACAGGUCUAGCUGCAGAUACUAAACCAUGACUUUAGCAAGGUGUUUGGGAGGGAGGGUGUGCUUAGCCCAUGCUGUGAUUUCAGCCAAGUUUAUUUUGAUACUUCAGAGAGAUUUGAUAUUUCAGAGGUGCAUCCAUUUUCCUCUGUACAAGACAUUUACAUAUCUGGUUCCCAGUCAUGCUGAAAGCUGUCAAACAAGCUGAGUCCUUUGCACAGAAUCCCACCCUACCCUAGAGGCAGACCAGCAACAUCCAGUUAGGGCAUUGCUGAAGUGGCUUGAAAAAGCAGUCUGCUACACCAUUGUGUACUGGCUGCAGUGAUCCAUCUGCUUCUCUGUCUUCCUGGGUUUGUGUCAAAGGGAGGAAAACAUGCUGAAUUUGCAGUCCAUAGACGGGUCUUCAACCAAUGCCAAAACUGGUUCACUCUCAGCUACAAGGAGCCCAGACUGUACCACAAAAAAAGAGGAUCUUACUUGUGGUGCUGAUGGGAUGGUAGAGGAGGGCUGCAGCUAUUAUGAAGCUGUGCUAGGAGUGGGUGAAUACACAGAUCCUGGUUUGUCACAUAUGCAGUGGUGUACUGGUUUUUCUCCAAGCAAAGUGCAAUGCCUCAUUUAGGAAGCGUAAGAAAUCCUCACAACUGAAAAUGGGAAUAGAUUAUACUGGUUUUAAUUGGACUGAAGCUCUGAACUGUUCCCAUAAGAGAUAUGAGCUAGAAGAGCAAAAAAGCAGUAUCAAAUGUGGGAAUGUAACCCAUGGUGGUCGCGCUUCACUGUGAUGGGCAGGAAUGGCAAGAAGCUCAGGUAAGUUGUCAGUCAAGCCUUAGAAGAGGAGUGGGGCCCACUCUGCAGGAAUUUGGGAGUAACUCAUGAGACUGUGCUGGCAAGAACAGGUGAGCAUUCUGCAUGCUGGGAGCAUCUGGCCCCAUCUUACCCUCUACAGCCGCUUUGCAGCUCCAGUUUUCAGUUUGUGUCAGUGUGUAAUUGGUGGUAUUGUCCACCACAUUUUGUGUGUUAAUUUAAUGU